UUCCAGCAUCGAAUGCCAGAUGAGAGUUGAAGUGUUCUCAGCAUGUGUGUGCGUUCUCUUGUUGCUCGUCCUCCCACGAGCCGCUGAUGGGUUCAGUAGUGGCGCUGGUGCCUCGGCGUGUGACUCCAUGAUACCUCAACAUGGAGGGCUGGUCGCCCAAACCACAACUUCUCCUUAUAACGUCACCGCCCGCAACAAUGGAGACAGGAGCAUCACAGUGAUUCUCACGGCGCAAGAAGGCAUCGUUGGUUUCAAAGGGUUUCUGCUUCAAGCCAGGAAUGCCGCAGAUGCUCGAGUCGGAGGCUUUGACAACUUGCCUGACGGGUCUCAAUUCCUGCAGUGCACUGAUUCACAAGUAAAGGACGCAGUCACUCACUCAAGCGCCGUUGAGAAGCGGCGACUGGAAUUGACAUGGAAUGCUCCUGCAUCUUUCAUUGGGCCCAUAACUUUCAGGACAACUUUUGUUCAAAGCUUCAUGAUUUUCUGGACUGAAGUUAAAAGUGAAGCGCAGCAGAUACUGUCACUAUCAACUUUGCCUCCAACCACUGCACAGACACUCCCACCUACUACUGCUUCUCCUACGUCACCACUUACUACUGCUCCAUCUACGUCACCACCUACUACUGCUCCUCCUACGUCACCACUUACUACAGAUCCACCUACUACCGCUCCUCCUACGUCACCACUUACUACUGCUCCACCUAAUACUGCUCCUCCUACGUCACCACUUACUACUGCUCCACCUACGUCACCACCUACUACAGAUCCACCUAUUACUGCUCCUCCUACGUCACCACUUACUACUGCUCCACCUACGUCACCACCUACUACAGAUCCACCUACGUCACCACUUACUACUGCUCCACCUACUACUGCUCCACCUACGUCACCACUUACUACUGCUUCGCCUUCAUCACCACUUACUACUGCUCCACCUACAUCACCAUUUACUACUACUGCUCCUCCUACGUCACCACUUACUACUGCUCCACCUACAUCACCACUUACUACUGCUCCACCUACAUCACCACUUACUACUGCUCCACCUACAUCACCACUUACUACUGCUCCUCCUACGUCACCACCUUCGACUGAUACACUACCGUCAUCAUCUACAACUUUCCCUAUGUCUCCACCAACAACAGCUUCGACUACGACGACACCUACUUUAGUUCCUACCACGUCGCAACCAACCACUGACCGUCCCAUGUCACCACCUACCAGUUUGAUGCCUUCAACAGAAAAUUCAACCAAUGUGCCCCCACCGACAUUACCAACCACAGUACCUGCACUAACUACAGCCCCUAUCACACCGCCCGGAACUUUUACGGUAGCGCCACCAUCAACUGGGUAUGGAAUCCCUCCUGCAAAACCUAAUUACGGCAACAAUUAUUUUCCGUCUUAUGGUUACGGGGCACCGCGAUCUCCUGAUGAAACUUACGGUGCUUCCUCACUUGGACACAAUUACGGUGUUUCAGCAGGAGAUGCUUUUUACAAUCCACCUCGUUUUUCAGAAGUUAACAAUGCUUUUAACCCCCCAAUAAGACGAGACACAGUGCUUUCAUUGCCUUCUCACCUAGAGAUCGAUGGAUUGGUUCCACCGCCUCCUCAUUUUCGUGUUUCACCUCUACAAUUCUCGAUGCCAGACCCAGAUUCAAAACCAAGACCCUAUUUGAUACCACGCUUACCACUGCUGGAUGAGCAUUCGAGGAGGCCAUUUUCUUCAUUCAUGCCCUCCCGUGAACUAUGCGGCCAAACAAAGAGAUACCCAUGUAGGGAUGAAAAAAUUUUGCCUAGCACUAUUCCACUUUAUGGAUUAGCUGAUAAUAUGAAAACUCUGUCGUUUUUCACAGUUCGUCAUCCGCCUUCUUAAAAAAACAAACGUGUCAUAAUUGCGAAUGAAAUCUCCGAUGCGCUGAUUCGACAUGAACUGUCUCGCAUCACGUCAGGUUGAAAAAAUCAAAUUAAUAAUUAAUUAAUUACAUAAUUAUAUACUGAGGUGGCUCCCUUGCUCCAAUAAUUUCGAAAAAAUCCAGUAAUGUAUCUCACAUGCAACGUGAAGAGCCUCCGGAUUAACUUCGCACUACUUCAGUCUUCACUCAUCUUCGAUAUCAAAGCACAAGGCAGGCAGGCUAUGAGAAGUUAUAUCAGUGAUGACUAAAGUAAAAGUGUGCUCCACUCGCGGGUUAUCGGAGGCAUGACAGUUAAGCGCGCUUUUCCCCGAGUUGUGCCGAUUUCGACCAGUGAGUCGAUGUCUACAUUGACAACUGAGUCGAUGUUAGUAUCUUCACAGUCACAGCAAAUGUUUGAAUUGGUCUUCCAUGUUGGUUCGUCACUGAAUCUCAAACGCUUGUAAAUUUUGUCAAUUUCCACUGAAAUUUUUACAGCCAGUUCCGAGUUUUGAACCCCUAACUUGCUGCUACAAUCUUAGCGAUCUUAACGGCUUAACCUAAACUUUUUCACGUUGAAAGGCUCUCUUAACCCUAAGUUAUGUUUGAUUCACUUUAAUUAAAUUUAAUGACAGUGCACACUUUAGUUUCUGAUUCCGACCUUAAUAUUAAUAAUAAUUGUGUCAGCUUUUAUAAGGCAAUUUGGUAAGCAGGCGAUUUUUUUUAGAUGACCGUUUUCCCUUUAUGUUAACCGCCGAGGCCCGGGCCCCGAGUCUGCCAGUGAGUGAGACAUGGCUGUGAGUGAGAUAUG